AUGUGGAGUUUGACCGAGCGCUACAGCUGUGAGUGCUGUGCCGGCUGUAGCAGGAAGCACUACAGCUGGACGUACCCUUUCUUGCUUUUCCCUCUCUGCUUCGCUCAUCCUUCUCCUCCCUCCAUGCGUGUCCCAGUCACCCGUCCUGCUCAUUCCUCUUACCAAAUCUUUUUGCUCCUGUAUAGACCUGCUCCUGCCUGCCCUCCCUCUACUCCGCACCUUCCCCUCUUCAGGCUCUUACUUUCUUUCUCUCCCUCACCUCCUUACCUGCCCUCUCUCCCCUCCUCCGCACCUCCCCUCUCUCCCCCAUCAGACCUUUGGCAGCGAGGCCUUUCACUCUACUACCUUGGAAAAUUCCAGGAAGCAGCGGAGCAGUUUCGCAAGGACGUGGCGGUGAACCCCAACGACACAGAGGAGGCCAUCUGGUGUUUCUUGAGUGAGGCGCGCGUGGUGGGCGCACAGCAGGCGAGGCAGCAGUUUCUGCUCGUGGGGCAGGACCCUCGGCCUGUCAUGCGCGCUGCCAUGGACGUCUUUCAGACGGGCGGUGACCCUAAGAAGAUCCUGGCAGCAGCGGCGGCUGACUUUGGGCGGCCAUCUGCACUGUUCUAUGCAAAUCUCUAUGUUGGUCUGUUCCAUGAGAGCGAGGUGAGACCCUCUUGA